AAUUUGUCAAAUGAGAAUCCAAAUAAUUUUCUGUUACACUAAAAAUGUUGAAUAAAUAUAAUUUUUCUUUGAAAAAAUCACCUAUUACUAGUAUUUUAAUCUCAAGUUUAAAAUUAAUUACAUUUAAAAAAAUUUUUUUUGUCUUAGAAAAGAGAGGGGUAAUUAAUUUGUUUUCCCUGAGCAUAUUCUAGAUUGUAACAGAUAACAUAGGAAAUUUUAAGAAACAUUUUGAGAAUUGUCUUUGUGACAGUUGAGAGAAAGCACUCUAGUGCCCUCAGAUGGACCAUGGUCGUUUUGACUAGAUUGGAUUAAUUGUAAGAAUAUCCCUUGGUGUAAAUUAUCUUUGUGAGCACAUAGUUUAGUUAUGAAUAUCUGGCUGUGAUUCCAGAAAGAUUUAGGAAUGCACAACUAGUGUGAAUUAAACAAAAUUGAUGUGGGUUGGAACACUAGCACCUCCGGAGUGAUAGGGAUCAAGCUCCAGGCUUUGCAUAUGCUAGGGGAGCUCUGAACCACUAAACUAUAUACCCUUAGGCCUAGGACCUGGACCUAGAUUACAUCUUAAAGUUUGAAGUUUAGAAGGUUGUUCUAAGGGUACCAUGCUUUUAAAAAUUGUUUUUAUGGGAGCACAAACCACUUCUGAAUGGUUAAAAUGAACCAGGAAUGAUAGUGUAUCUUCAACUGUGCCUUGGAAACCAACCUGUAGACCCAGAGUGUAGAUCAUAGAAAUAAAAUUGUAUGGUAUCAUCCAUGUUGGUAGGUAGCUUUGAGCAGACAAGUUUCCUACAGCUGGGGAUGUAUCUUAGUGGUGGAGCGCUUUCCUAGCAUGUGCAAUGACCUGAAAAAUCCAAUCUUUAGUACCACAACCCUUCAUCCUAACUUCUCUGAGUGACAAAAGGCACCCUAAUGGCUCUAUAUCCUAUUAGGAAUGUCGGCCAAUGUUCCUGGAAUAGUAUAGAUCAUUAUUCUUGUGUGUGGGGCUCUCCUCUGAUCCUACCUAGCAUUUGGCUGUGGAGACAAAGAGCAUCAGGAGUGUCCCACACACAGCUACAUAGUUAAUUUGAGGCUACCCUUGGCAGCAUGAGACACCAUAUCAAAAGCCAAAUCAACAAAACACCAAAAACAUACAUAAAAAUUUUUAGAUAAUUUUAGCUAUUUGGAAUAGUAAUAUUACUUAGCUAUAGGAUACUUCCUCAGUUAAUAAUACAGGAUGCUAAUCUUAACUGCUAACCAGUUAUGUAGUGUAUGAUAACAAAAGGUUGAAAGAAUAGUCAUUUUAGGUAAUAACCUUGGAAAAUACAGUUCAGAAAGUAAUUUACCCAUUCCUAAUACAAUUUUAGAAAUAUAUAACUGAUACAUCUACAUCUGGUUAGAACACUACUACAAAAUUAUUGAAUCAAAGAUUUCAAGUAGUGUUUUUUUCUCCCCUGUGGGUCUAUCUUCAUUGUAAAAUCACCUUUAUUGUAACUUGUGUUUCUUCACUUGCCAUCAACACACAUAUUCACUUAAUUUUCUUCUUAUCUUAAUGAAUUAUACCUUUGGUUAGUUGUAAGCAAUUCUUUUAUUAUACUUGGCUCAUUUCAUUUUAAGCAAAAGAGGUAUGUAUAGCCUUUAAUGUACAAGCAUACAUUUUAAAAAAUAUUAUAAUGAGAUAUUUCUUAGUCUAGAGCAUGUACAUAUAAGGCCAAAUAGUUUUCAUGUGUAAUCAUUUGAUUUUUGUCAGUGUUCAGGCAUCUCCAAAACAUUGAAAAACUCUUGUUAGCACUUGAAUAGUGAACCAGUUAAAGUUUCCCCCUCAUUUUGUAUUUGAAUUCUAAAUAAUAUUUCUAUCUACAGAGCAGCCCAGAAAACAAUAAAAAUCUCACCUCAUAGAACCCUGUUAUCUUGGAAUUUCUGCAGUUGUUUAGCACUCCUCAAGUAAGCCUUUGUUUUUUAGACUAUUUCAGGUAAAAAAAAAAAAAAAAAAAGAAACAGAAGACAAAUUAUUUUUUGUGUAUGUGUAAGCACUGUAAGUGGCAAGUAUGUUUUUAGUUAAAGUAGGAUGUCAGCUAAAGAUAAAAUGUGUUCAGAAUAGGUACUUCAAAAGCAAGUAGAUCUUAGGGUCAUGCUCAGGUUCAUUGAAUCAGGUUCAGUACCGUGCUUCUUACAGUGAGACUUAAAGUUGCUAAGGGUUCAGAUGAGCAGUGGGCUGAGCACUUACAUAGGCAGAUGGCUUAACUACUAAAUGAAGGUUGGUGAGUGUGGUAAGACUAGAAAAAAAUGAGAUAGUUGCUUCUUUUUUUUUUUUUUUUUUUGGGGGUUCUUUUUUUCGGAGAGAUGGUUGCUUCUUAAUGAGCUUCCAGCUGGGCAUGGUGACCCACACUUGUAAUCCCAUUGAGAGGCUUAAGCAGGAAUAUCUAGAAUUCCAGACUGGGCUACAGAGUUAAGAGCCUGUCUCAAACAAAAAAUGAAAUUGCAAACAUGGAAGGAUUACUUUUGUAAUCCUAGCAUUCUACCAUUUGGGAGGCUGAAGCAGGAAGAUGAUGAGUUUUGAGGUCAGCAUAGGUUUUAAAGGAAAAAAAAAAGAUUUGUGAAGCAGUUCAGAGCUGCUACUUUUGAGGAAAUAUAAACAGGACUAUCCACCCUAAUCAGUCUUUGAAGAAAUUGUAUACUAAGAAGACGAAAGAAGUUGGAUCAUCUUAUUGGAAAAAAAAUGAGGGAGUGAAACAGGGUAAGUUUCUGAGAAUAAUCUUAACAGCUUUAGCACCUAGAGAAAAACCAAUCUGUUCCUUUUUGGGUAUGUGUGAGUGUGGGUCUAUGCAUGCAGGUAUGUAUAUGUUAGAGGUAAAUGAACAGUUUCUGGUAUUGUCCCACUGACCAGUGGCCUGGGAUCUGUGUCUGUCUAUGCAGGCUAGCAUUACAAGUGUGUACCACUGUAAAUAACUUUUUUUUCCACAUGGGUUCUAGGGAUCAAACUUGGGUACAAGCAAAGCAUUUUAGCAAUGAAGUUAAUUGCUCCAGCUGUUUGUUUUAUGCUUGUCUUGGAACUCCUGACUCAAGCAAUUCCUAACCUUAGCUUCCCAAGUUGCUGGGACCAUAGGCAUGCACCAUUGUUCUACUCCUGUUCUUUUGGGUUUAAAUGAUCAUUUACUAGCAGCUGCUUAGGUAGAAAUGGAAAGGCAAGACUAAAAUAUAAAAUAGAUUUAUCAAUUUUGUACGCUUAUUGAGGACAUAGAGGAAAGUAGUUUUUAAAGAAUUAAAAUUUAUGAGGCUGUAGAGAUGGCUCAGUGGUUAAGAGCACUGUCUGCUCUUCCAGAGGACCUGAGUUUAAUUCCCAACAACUGCAUGGUGGCUCAUGAACAUCUGUUAUUGGAUCCGAUGCCCUCUUCUGGUGUGUCUGAAGACAGCUACAGUGUAUUCAUAUAUAAAGUUUAUAUCAUGUUUUUGUUUUAGCUGAAUAACUUAACAGAAAGUAAUUUCAAUUGAAUGUCAUAUCUUGUUUCUUAACAUUAGCCAGAGAAAGAACUUAUUUUUUUUGUAGAAAACACUUUAUUGACCCAUAUGUUUUAAUUUAGUUGUGAACCAUGUACAACUGAUGUUUGACCUAUUUGACUCAACGUGAAAAGAAUUUAACCAGCUGCCCUUGCUGACUCUUUUUAUCCUGUCUCAAGAAUAUGGUAAAUUGUUUGUUUUUAUUUUCUUGAGACCUCAGAUUUCUGUAGGCCUCAGUUUUAUAUUUUAAGAGUUAAAGUAUCCAAAGCUUUGCUUUUCAGUUAGGCAAGGUGGAUAUUUAUGGAAGAUACAUACCGUACCAGCUUUUGUGUUGUAUUCUGUUCUGCUGUUUAUAUAUUAUGCCCUUUGCAGUUAGUGCUUGAAGAUGUUUCAAAUAAAGGUUUAGUAGCUUUUAUAAAUUUAUUUUUAGAAAUAUCCCAGGAUGACCUUCAACUUCUGAUCUUCUUGACUUGGGAAUGCUAGAAUUAUAGGAUGGGCUAUCUCAUCUAAUUUGAUGUUUACUUGGUAUUAAACUGAGGGUUUCAUGCAUGCUGGACAAAACACUCUAUGAAUAAACACUCAUUUGGCCAGAUAUAAUGUCUCUAGAUGUAAUUCUGCCUAGGGAGUGGCUGAGGCAGGAGAGUUUCAGUGUUUGAGACCAGCUGGGCUAUAGAAUGAGAUUGUUUCAAACUCUAAACCUCACACCUCCCAAAUAGGAAAAUGUUUGUUGGCUACUGUUCUGUGUCACAGUGUGUCACAGACUAGCAACAGCUGCAUUCCUGUACUCAGUUAAAUGCUGAUUCUUGAGAUGUAUGCCAACAAUUAGAUUUAAGAAAGUCUUGUGGAUUCCUUCCUUCCUUCCUUCCUUCCUUCCUUCCUUCCUUCCUUCCUUCCUUCCUUCCUUCCUUUUUUUUUUCUCUCGGAGCUGGGGACCGAACCCAGGGCCUUGCGCCUUCCUUCCUUUUUAAAACAUUUUUAUUUUUAGUAUAGAGUAGAGUUUAUUUAGGGCAUGGGGAGGGAGGUUGUGGGGGUAGGAGGGGAGAGGGAGGGAGGGGAGGAGAGGAGAGGAGUGGAGGCAUUUAGGAGAGACAGGUUAUGUGUACUUGAAGAGAGGGGGAAGAGGGUAAAGGAACAGGAGCAAGAGGAGAAGAGAGCAAGAGCCUUUGUUUACUUGAGAUGUUGUUUUAGUUUUUUUGAGUGAUACUGGACCUUCUUAAGUAAACUAGGCUGUCCUGGAGCUGAGAGCCAGCUCUUCUGUCCUGAGUGCUGACAUUAAAAGCAUUCGGACCUUGCUUGGCUCUCAGUUUUGAUGCAUACUGACAUUUCAAGAAGCCCCGUUGUAGAUAAAUGUUUCCCACCCUUACUUUUGCUUGUUUGUUUGUUUGUUUCCUAGUAUUACUUUUUUUGAUUUUUUUCCAGACAGGGCUGUCCUGAAAUUUGCCCUGUAGACCAAAUUGGCCUUGAACUCCAAAGAUCCACCUUUUUCUGCUUCCUGAGUACUGGGGAUUAAAGGCAUGCACCACCAUUACCAAAAAUACUUAAUAUUUUUUGUCAACUAACUUUCUAAAUAUGUUUUGUCUGUGUAUGCACACAGGUUUUUGGUGGGGUGUUGCUGAGUAUUGGACCCAUGGUCUUCUACAAAACUAGGCAAGCACUGUACUACCUGUGCUAUAUUCCAGCACUUGGUAUUUUAUAAGGUUUCAGUAUAUAUACCAAGCUGGCCUUUAUCAUCCUCUGUAGCUCUAGGCAGACUUUGAAAUUGUGGUCCUGCUUCUUCAAGGAGUUGGCAUUACAGCUUGUGCUUAAAUUAAUUUUAAAAAGACACUUGUACUGCCAUAAAAAUAAAUACAAAUAGGACAUGUUAUAAUGAUACAACUAAUAGAACUAGACUCCUUUACUUUCCUUCCUUCCUUCCUUCCUUCCUUCCUUCCUUCCUUCCUUCCUUCCUUCCCUCUCUCUCUCUCUCUCUCUCUCUCUCUCUCUCUCUCUUUCUCUCUUUCUUUCUUUCUUUCUUUCUUGGCGAGACAGGAUGUCACAAUAUAACCCUUGCUAGCCUGGAACUCUGAAUGUAGGACAGGCUGGCCUCUACAGAGAUUGUCAAUUGCUGGGAAUCAAGGGGGUACACCACCAUGCCCAGCUUAGACCCUUGUCACUUAAAAUUCCAUAUGCUUAAAGUUAGAGUUUGUCAGGUCAAUAUUAAAAAGAUAAUAUUGCCAAGAAGAAACUUCUUUCCUGAGUUACUGUUUCUUACAGUGUAGUAAGUAUUUUGUUCAUGAAAUUGAAUGAUACCCCAAAUCAUCUUGUGUCAAUUCCAUGUUUUAGAAAAAUAUUGUUGUAGGUUUCCAUAUAAGAUGUAAAGUUACUUGCCAGUUUCUAUAUCCAGUGUGUAUCCAUUCCUAUGAAUAGAAAUGACUAAUUAGAAACAACAAAACUUGUGAAAUAGAGAGUUCUUGGUCAUUUCUUGGGAGAUCAUCUAGACCUGCAGAAUGAAAUUAGUUUCUCUUGGUUUCUCAUUUUUCCUUUGUUUUGGUUCAUGAGAGCUACUAGUUCUUCAGGUUGUCAAAAACACAGUGACAAUGUGAAAUGAGAAUGCAGCAGUAGAAACCCUGAGGAGAAACAUGAUUGUGAUUUAUGGAAUAGAGAGGGAUAUAUUUGCUAGGGAAGAGGUGUUUUAUAUUAGACUGUAAAUAGUAUGGGAAGUUGUAUCACAAUUUAAUUUGUAGUAUUAGAGGGAGUAGUGACUACAGUGGUGUUUUGUCUUUUUUUUUUUUUAAGUUUAUUUGUAUACGUGUGCCUACUUGUUUGUAUGUGCACCAUGAGUAUAGUGCCAGAAGAAGGCAGAAAGAGGCCCAUGGAAGUGAAGUCACAGGCAGUGGAUGACCAGCCUAAUGUAGAUGUCAAGAAUCAAGUCUAAGUCCUCUGUAGGAGCAUCCAAGUUCUUGUAACUGUUGAGCUAUCUUUCCAUUCCCCCCACAGUAGUAUUUUAAUUGAUUGUUGGUUGACAUACUUUAGGGCGUAAUUAAUUGAUAGCAGUUGAAUUUCAACUACUUUUGGUAUCCCCCAAUUCUCAUUCAUAUUCAUUCAUCCCCCCCCCCCCCCCAAUGGGGUCUCUCUAUAUAGUUCUGACUGCCCUGGAAAUCCCUAAAUAGAUGAUGCUUGACUCAUUCCCAAAGACCUGCCUGCCUCUACUUCCCAAGUUCUUAUUUUUCUUAGAAAUUUGGUGUGUAUUUGCUUUAUUUCUUUGUCUUGUCUGUUUUACCGAAGCUGGCCUUGUUUUUAGGUCAUCUCCUGCCUCUGCCUUCUGAGUGCUUGGAUCACAGUAUGAGCUACCAAUAAUCCCAGAGAGACAAAAAAACCUAAUGUGUAAAUAUUUACAAAAUAACACCUGUAAGUGACACAUUCUUUUUAGUACUGAUAGUUAUCUCAUUUUGAAAACAAAACACCUAUAUGAAUGAACAAGUAGUACCUUGUAUAUUUUGCUCAUAUUUUAAAGUGAAUGGUGGAGUCCCCAGAGGUAGCUCUAGUGAAUGUGAUCUGUGUUCAGUACUACAAUUUCUCUGCUGUGCUGUUUUGUAGCUUUAAGGCUUACAUAUCCUUCCUAAUGUGUGCUUUUUCGUUUUAUCUUGUCCUUAGGUUUCACUUGUUUUUUAGUACUCUCCUUUUUUUCUUUGUUGAUUUUUUGUUUGAGGAUGUUUUCCUUGAUGUUUAUAGUUAUUUUGAACAGUUGGGGACUUGCUUGUUUUAGGAGACAGGGUCUUACUAUGCUUGAAACAGCCUCAGGAAUGCUUGGAUUAGAGGUGAGCCCUACCACACACACCUCUUUGGGAGUCUUUUUUUUUUUUUUUUUUUUUUUUUUUUGGUUCUUUUUUUUUUUCCGGAGCUGGGGACCGAACCCAGGGCCUUGUGCUUCCUAGGUAAGCGCUCUACCACUGAGCUAAAUCCCCAGCCCCAUGGGAGUCUUUUUAAUGAAUAAUCAGCUAAUGUAUCAUCUUUGGUUCUUUUCACCUAUUUCUUAAUAUGGCCUUUAAUGAGGAUGAGGUGCUUGCUGCACAUCUGUAAUUCCAGCAGUUGAGAAGCUGAGGCAGAAAAAUCAUAAGUUUUAGCUAACUUAGUCUACAUAGUGAGAUACCCCAUCUCAAAAGAAAAAAACAAUUAAAAGAAUGAGGAAAAAAAACCAUGGCUUCUAUUGCUUCUAAUUUUGUAUGUAGAAAAAAACUCUGGAUAAAAGGCACCAAAUAACCAGAGUACAAGUGUUACUGUAUCAGAAUUGAACUGCAAUUCUGUGUCACAAUAAAGGUAAGCAGGCUAAUUUUUGACAUGCAUGUUAAAUUCUGCAUAACCUUAUUAAAUAUUUUGAGUCAAGGUCUCAUUCUAUAGCUCUCUUCAGUCUGGUCUAGAACUCACUAUGUAGUACCACUGGCUUCAAGCUUACUGGCAGUCCUGCCUUUGUCUCCCAGAUUCUGAGGCUGCAGGCAUGAGGCACCCUACCUAGUUUUGUAUUAACUUACUUUUCCAAUUCUAAGGCAAUACUUUAGGUUCUUGUAAUGUCUCUCUUUAAGUCUGAGAAGUAUGCUGAUGAAAAAACUCCUGAAGUAGUUGUCCACAAAAAAUGAAAUGGCACAAAUUUUUGCUAGACCCUUUGCUUUGGGUAAUGAGAGAAGACAAGGUUGGAGCAUAGCUUUGGGAUGUAGUUUCUGUUUUUAUAUUUUCAUCAUUGCUAUUCUGUUAGCAUCUUACAGUUGCCUUUUCUCCAGCUUAAUUUUUUUAAUAUAAUUUUGUUACAUAAGUGAUUUAGAUUUUAAAAGUUUGUAAAAUAUCAAUAGUAUUUGAUUAUAUCCAAUAGCACUGACAUUACUAGCUAGGUGUGGUGGUACAUGCUUGUAAUUCCAAUACUGGAGAAGUGAGGCAGGAGGAUUGUGAGUUCGAGAGUAAGCCAGGGUUGCAUAGUUAAACUGUGUUUCUAACCCCAUCUCCCCAAACCCCUUAUUUACCUUGUAAGUUUUUUUCUAUAUAAUAACCAUUGUUCUUUUUAAGCUUGUCAAGAGGAUUAUACUAGUAUGGACUUAUACUACUAGCUAUUAGUGAUUAGUAAAGUAUAGGACUAUAUUAACCAAAGGACUAUGAAGAAAUAGCCUUUUCUAAACUAUGUAGUAGUCUUAUGUUUACAUUUCCUGAAGAGAGAGAAAGCUCCUACUACUAUUCAGUGUGACUUUAUUCAUUCAGAAAGAAACAUCUUACAGAAGUACAAAUAUAUUAAGUUAUAUUAAGUAGUUUCAAAGCAUCUUUGAUUAUAUUAAAAUAUCAUUUUAUAAAAUAUACUUUAAAUUGCUUACAUAUACAGUAGGUCAAACUGUAUACACUUAUUUAGGUAGCAUGAAGAAAAAAAAUGAGUAUUUUAAAAAGUAACUACAAAAAUUGGGCAUGGUGAUACAUACCUGUAAUUCCAACAUUUGGCAGGUGAAAACAGGAAGAGCAGAAGUUCUGAAUUAUCCUUGUCUGCAUGAGUUUUAGGCUAUUCUGGUCUACAUAAGACUGUUUCCAAAAAAACCCAAAAAUAAAGUAAUUACGGCUGGAAGGAUGGCUCAGUGGUUAAGAGCAUUUGCUGUUCUUGUAGAGGACCCUAGUUCAGUUUCCAGCACUCACAGGACAUCUCACAACUGUCUAUAACUCCAGUUCCAGGGCAUUCUCUGCCUUCUUUUCACCUAGAGCACCAGGCACAAGUGUGAUAUACAUACAUACAUACAUACUACAUGCAUGCAGACGAAACUCAUACACAUAAAAGCAAAAGUAAUUAUAAGCUAUAUACCUAUAAUAUCAGCAUUUAGAGAGAGGCAGAAGGAUCAGGAGCUGCAGUUUGAGGCACUUAGCCAACUUCUGUCUCAAGCAAAAACUAGUUGCCAAAAAGAUAUAUAUAUAUAUAUAUAUAUAUAUGUAUAUAUAUAUAUAUAUAUAUAUAUUAGAUGAAUGUUGAAAAACAAAACAAAGAAAGAUAGGUGAGAUGGGUAAGGUGCAAGGAGAAUUAUAAGAAUGAUCAGAUUGACUCUAGUAUAGUUGUCCCCUUGGCUCAUGUGAAAACAUAGGUUUAAUUUUGCACUUCUUAAAUUAUCUCUUGCCCUUCAGUAGACUAGAAACUGUCCAUAGGUUUUUACGUAAUUCCUACAAUUAUGUGGAAGUGGAAUUUAUAUUGGAAGGCAGGGUAAUAAUGCUCCCUCUGUAUUUGGGGGAUUCAAGAGAGGUUAGGUGAAGAAGCUGCUACUGGUUUUUGUUCUUUUCUUUUCCAGCUCUAGCUUUACUGUCACUGCAGGGGUGUGGGUCUUAUUCAGAGGGAAGGGACCUUCUGUGUCCCCCAGGUCAACUGAGAUGUCCUAGAAAUAUCUACAGAUGGUGGUGGUGGACAUUUUGUCUGUCCACUAGAAAAUGUGGGAGAGCUUCCCUGUCCCCGCCUCUGCCUUCAUUUAUAGACAAGGAUACAUCUGUUGCUUUGUAUGUUGAUGCAUUUUCUGCUCACUCUUUGUUUUCCUGGUCGAGCUCUGAGCUAAAUCUGUACAAAGAAAUAUUGACUGCUUUUAUAAGUUGCUUGCCAUUAAUGCCUGAUGAUAUAUAUAGUAAGAUAGGAUUCUGCCUACCAUUAAAUAUGUCAAGUAUACAAACUUUAAGGUUUUUUGAAAUUAUAAUACUAAACUCAGUUCACUUUUGCUAACUUCACAGUUGUUGAUCACAUAGCAUGGUCAUCCACUCACAGCUUAAAAAAAUACAGGGAGCAUCGGAGAGAAUGGGUUCAAUGUAUCUAUGCCUGCCUACUUCAAUCUGCAAGGGAGUUUCAGAAAGGCCCCGCAUUCGCCGAGCCGAGAUACUACUCGUCAACGAAUCAAAUUCAGUGAUGAUAGAGUAUGCAAGAGCCAUCUUCUCAACUGUUGCCCCCAUGAUGUCCUUUCUGGAACAAGAAUGGAUCUUGGAGAAUGCUUGAAAGUACAUGACCUGGCUUUAAGAGCAGAUUAUGAAAUUGCAUCCAAAGAACAAGACUUUUUCUUUGAACUUGAUGCCAUGGAUCAUCUACAGUCAUUCAUUGCAGAUUGUGAUAGAAGAACAGAAGUGUCUAAGAAAAGAUUAGCAGAAACUCAAGAAGAGAUAAGUGCUGAAGUGGCAGCAAAGGCAGAGCGUGUUCAUGAGUUAAAUGAGGAAAUAGGCAAGUUGUUGGCCAAAGUGGAACAACUGGGAGCUGAAGGAAAUGUGGAAGAAUCUCAGAAAGUCAUGGAUGAAGUAGAGAAAGCACGGGCAAAGAAAAGAGAAGCAGAGGAAGUUUAUCGGAAUUCUAUGCCAGCUUCCAGCUUUCAACAGCAGAAACUUCGUGUCUGUGAAGUCUGUUCUGCAUAUUUAGGUCUUCAUGAUAAUGACCGACGACUUGCUGAUCAUUUUGGGGGUAAAUUGCAUCUGGGAUUUAUUGAAAUAAGAGAGAAGCUCGAAGAAUUAAAGAGAGUUGUAGCUGAGAAGCAGGAGAAGAGAAACCAGGAACGUCUGAAACGAAGAGAAGAGAGGGAGAGAGAAGAACGGGAGAAACUGAGGAGGUCCCGAUCACAUAGCAAGAAUCCCAAAAGAUCUAGAUCCAGAGAGCAUCGCAGACACCGAUCUCGCUCCAUGUCACGAGAACGCAAGAGGAGGACUCGAUCAAAAUCUCGUGAGAAACGCCAUCGCCACAGGUCCCGGUCCAGUAGCAGAAGCCGCAGCCGAAGCCACCAGAGAAGUCGGCACAGUUCAAGAGAUAGGAGCAGAGAGCGAUCCAAGAGGAGAUCCUCAAAAGAAAGAUUCAGAGAUCAAGACUUAGCAUCACGUGACAGAGACAGGAGUUCAAGAGACAGAUCACCCCGUGACCGAGAUCGAAAAGAUAAGAAGCGGUCCUAUGAGAGUGCUAAUGGCAGAUCAGAAGACAGGAGGAGCUCUGAAGAGCGUGAAGCAGGGGAGAUCUAACUAGCUGUGUACAUAUCUUCAAUCCUUAAACUUCCUAUGGCGCUACAUGCUAUUGUUUAGUUUACAGCUGUUCAGAUGACAGUGAACAGUUCUAGACACCAAUCCAGUCAGGCUAGAUGUCUAGUAUCCAAUGAUCUGAACUGAACCUGCUCUCCUUGAUGAAGCCUAAAACUACAUCCAUAGUUUUUUGUGAACCUGAACGUAACAGUUUAUAUUAUGAGACACUGUUGUCUAUUUCUUAGGAGCGAUAGUAAAUGAAUUGUGUUGAUGCCUUGCAGUUUUUGAACAUUUGUAAAAUACUGUUUUCCUUUCUAUUCCAAACAGCAGCAGCUUUAGGAAAUCCUUUUUCUUUAUAAUUCUUCCUUUGACUUUUGUAUCUCCUAAUACCUGUGCCUCCAACUAUAAAAGAGUAAAGGGAAGCAGUAUAACUUCUAAGGUUCUGUUCACAUUGGUUAUUAUUGGUUGAUUAGAGUUGAGCAUUUCUACUGGAUUGUGUGCUGGAGAAAUUUAAAUAUGGGGCUGUUUUGUUUGGGGCCUAUUAGAGUUGGAAGUUGAACAGUUGUUGGAUUACAUACUUUUGCUUUUAUAUUGAAAUUUUGAAAUCAGACUUGUCUUGAUUUUUGUUUUUGAUUUUUUUUGUUGUUUUUGGUUUUGGUUUUUUGUUCUAUUAAACUGCUGCGUUCAGUAUAUUGAGGGGGAUGGGGGCAGGGACUGUUUCAAAAGCACUUGUUUUGUGUGUGCAGGGGGUAUGUGUGCAUAGUUUAAAGACUAUACUCUUAAGUGUAAAAAAAAUAAAAUGAAAAGAAUCACCACCACUACUGUAACUUGUUCAGUAAGUUGUCACUAGAACUAUUUGCUGUGGGUAUUCUCUAUUUUGUAACAUCCUUAACAGUGCCUUUCUGUGUACAAGGCACCAAAGGAAGUAAACAUUUAAUUGUGGAUUCCAGAUGGACUGUUGCCCCACCAAAACCUCUUGCUGACUAUACUACACUACUUCAGAGCUGUGUUUAACAGCUUCUGUAAGGAAAGAUUGAACUUGUAGAAGCAGCUAAGAGUUGUUUGUUUGUAUUUUUUAAUUGACAAGCCUGAAUAAAAACAAUAUGUAACCAA